AUGGCUGAAAAUCGAACGGCUGUGAUAUCAUCUGAACGGUUUGAUCGAACGGCUGAGAUCGAUCGUUGCAUGGCAGGGGUGCAUGCGCGAUCGAUCGAGCUGCAUGUUGGUACGACGGGUCGAUCGACCUACGCUGGCGCAUCUCGGUUCGAUCGAUCUAUGCUGGAGACGUUUGAAGGUUCGAUCGACUUCUUUGUGCGGUCUUUGCUGACUUUGUUCUCCUUUUUGCUCCGUUCGACUUCUUGUUACUCCUUGUGA